AUGUCGACGCGGAGAAGCGCAAGGCUCAGAGUCCAACUCACCCAAGAGCCCAUGCUGGUCCCAGACGCCACUGCUGACGAAGGGCCAAAGAAGAGAACCAAGCGAAGGGUUCUAGCUACCAAAAACGAUAAAGAACCAGCUUCAAAAAGGAAGAAGAAUGAAGUCGUAUCAUCAGAGUCUGGCGUUCAGCCACCUGCGAAAGCUAGGAAAAAGGACAUUGGAGCCGGUGUUACAAAAACCAGCAAAUCAACUACUUGUAGACCAGCCAACACAACGUCUGACGCUCUUUCAUCCUUGCCUGCAGAGGUUCUGAAUAUGAUUUUGAAAAACGUCGACGAUACAAAAUCACUCGGAAACUUGAGCGCAACAAGCAAGAGUUACUACGCGUUGGUCACGCCCCAACUUUAUAAACGCAUCGAUGUCUAUGUCACAAGUCAUCCGCAAAUCGCCAAGUUCAUUCGCAAUCUCGAUCCACUCCUCAGCAUCAAACAAAGGGAGCAGCUCAAGACGGAGGGCACAUACAAGGGCCAGCGGGAGAGUUUCUCGAAUAAGCUUGACCCAAAAAAGGUACCCGAACUUGCGAGUUUUGUCACCGAGGCUAUGUUUGGUAUUGGUGAUCCUGGUAGGAAGCACCGAUACAUUGUCCACCGGUAUAUGGAGGAGGCGAUGAAGAACAUGAAGAAUCUCGAAAUUGUCGAGACCUUGCUGGUUACGGAGUCAAUAGCGAACAGUCUAGCGCAACAGAAGAACCUCAAAGCCUUAAGCCUGACCAUCAACGGCCUAGCUGAAGGCGAUCUGACAGCCCUAUCCAAAAUCAAAGGCCUCAGCCACCUGUUCAUCUCCCUCCUAGGUUUUGGCCAUCCAGAUGCCAUCGAGGACGAGGUCGGAGUGUCGUUGAUCCUCAAUUCGCGAUCGACGCUCCGAAGCUUGAACAUAAAAACAGGCUCGUUUGCUUCCUUUCUUCUUGAUGGGUUGGCAAAACGCGCAAAGGUGAAAGGCACAGGAAAGAUACUUACUGCACUCGAGUCACUCUCCUUCGCUGGCGCUAGUUUCGACGAGGACAUCAAGGACAUCUUGCCCAAAGCUGUUGAUCUUGCCGCGUUGAAGCAGCUCAAGAUAGACUAUCAGUCCCGUGGCGUCGAAUUUCUGCACCGUUGCAUCGGUGAUGUCCUCUCAAAAGCACAUGAAGACGUGAAGACUGAUAUCAAGCUACGGCAUUUGACUUUGGACAUGGCUGACGACGGCUGGAAUACGGAGCCGGGAGAGCAGGAAGCAAGCCUCAACGCCAAGAUUCAUCUGGUUUCCUCUUUCGACACUUUGACCAUAUUAGACCUGCAUAAAUUCGGACAAUAUCCUGAGAGCCAGCCAGAACCUGGUAUAAAUCCUUCUCUUAUUCAGGCUAUAAUGAAGCAUCAGGGCUUGAUCAAGUUGACAAUGGCACACGAUGGCAUCCAUGGCGGCUGUGCUAUUCCACACUGGCAUCCGCAUGAUGUUGCAAAUAUCAUAGCCGACUUACCAAACCUGCAAGAGCUGACAUUCUCAACCAGCGCAUUUAAUUUCGAGGAGAUCGGCAAGAUACUUUCCGAAGCGCGCAACCUCGCAUCAGUCAACAUAAGCACAGUAAAAACCUGGGCAAUUGACAGAGCGAAUGCGACAGAAUCUAAAAGCCUCCUCCGCGGCAUUGCCCUCGGGGUCAUGGAGCGUGAUCUCGACAGCGAUGUAGAAGUCUUCAAUUGGGAAGACCACAGCGCCCUGAAGCUCGUGAACAUAGACGGGACGCUAUUUGAGCUUGGCUUGAAGUUGGGAAAGACCAAGAAGGCAUUGCCAAAAAAGGUGGGAAAGUUCACCGUCGAUUUGAAGCCGAAGCGCGAGAUGCUGUAUCGUGAGACUACACCCGCGCGUCAGACUUAUCGUUAUGCGCUUGAUCCGGCGUGGACGAACCAGGUUGCGAGGGAUCUUGGUCGAGCUUGA